CACAUCUAUGACUGUGGUAGCCGGUAGCUUAGUCACAGCUCAAAUCUGAUUUCAUCACGACUCAGCCACCACCUCCACAGCUCCUGCAUUGAGACUCUGCUGAAUCACAGAAGGAUUUCUGUUCUCUAACAUAGCUGUGAGCCUGAAUUGAAAAUCUAUAUCCCAAGAUGCAGUGGUGCAGGUGGGCUGGCAGUUGGAGAUCACACCUACCAAGACAGUCUGCAGGGCCGGAGAUUGAGGACUCUUUCGACUUUCUGUUUAAAAUCAUCCUGGUCGGGGACUCUGAUGUGGGGAAGACCUGUGUGGUCCAGAGCUUCAAGUCUGGCAUAUUCAUAGAGAAGCAGCAAAACACCAUCGGGGUCGACUUUACUGUUCGCACCCUGGACAUCGAUGGCAAGAGGGUGAAGAUGCAGGUGUGGGACACAGCAGGACAGGAGCGUUUCCGCACCAUAACUCAGAGCUACUACCGCAGUGCCCACGGGGCCAUAGUGGCCUAUGACAUCACACGCCGCACUACAUUUGAAUCGGUUUCCCACUGGAUCAGGGAGGUGGAGCAGUAUGGAGCUGCCAGUGUGCUACUUAUCCUCAUUGGUAAUAAGUCAGACCUCCAAGCUCAGAGGCAGGUGUUGUUCGAGGAUGCGUGCACUCUGGCGGAGAACAAGGGUGUGCUGGCUGCUCUUGAAACCUCAGCCAAGGAGGCCCAGAACGUGGAGGCGGCCUUCAUCCUCAUGGCCCGGGAGCUGCUGGCACGCAACGGCAUGACCAUCACAGACGAGGCCUCUCAAGGCUCGCCUCAAUUAAUUUUGAGUAACAGCUCCCACCCAGUCCUUGGUACUGCGUCCUCAGACAGAAAGUGUGGGUGCUGAGCGGACGUGUUGUUUAAGACUUGAAAAUUGGUGUUGACAGUCUCAGUGUACAAGUGUUUUUAAUAAGAGGUUUAGUUUUAGGAGAACUACAUAUGAACUCCAUAUGUUGCAAUGUGUGUGUGUGAAUAUAAGUUGUGUAUGUUUUAUAUUGAUAUUUAUACAGUCAGUAGAAUCAAUAACACAGGUUUUAAUGACGGUUGCUUCUGAGGAUAACUGCUGCUGAAUGUGAUAAUGACUCCAGCAGUACAAACUUUGCUGGAGGACUCUGUACUAAGACUGUACUAUGGAAAUACAGAAUGUUUUCACUUGA